UUUGUUUCAUGUCCUUCCAAUUUUCGUCUAUGAUUCAUCUCCUUGUCGUCGUUCUCCGCUUUCAAUCUUGUUUCCAGAUUUACGUUUUACGAGAUAUUAUAACUUUUCCACUCUCCCUGGGUUGCAGGAUGGCUCGUACCAAGCAAACUGCUCGUAAGUCCACCGGAGGUAAGGCUCCAAGGAAGCAGCUGGCCACGAAGGCUGCUCGUAAGUCCGCCCCAACCACAGGAGGGGUGAAGAAGCCCCACAGAUACCGUCCUGGUACUGUUGCUCUUCGUGAAAUUCGUAAGUAUCAGAAGAGUACUGAGCUUUUGAUCAGGAAGUUGCCCUUCCAGAGGUUGGUCCGUGAAAUUGCCCAGGACUUUAAGACUGAUCUGCGUUUCCAGAGCCAUGCUGUUCUGGCAUUGCAAGAGGCAGCCGAGGCCUACCUCGUUGGGUUGUUCGAGGACACCAAUCUCUGUGCCAUUCAUGCAAAGCGUGUUACCAUAAUGCCAAAAGAUAUCCAGUUGGCUCGGAGAAUCCGAGGUGAACGUGCUUAGAAGAUGAUGUAUUGUUGUUUGGUGGAUGGUAUUGGCUGCAAGGAUGUGAUCAAAGACCUAAUUGAUGAUAAUGGUGAUGGAUGAAGGGCGGUUCUUAUUUUUGUUUUUAGCAACGUUGGUAGAUAGUUAUACUAGAAAAACUUGUAGUGAAUAUGGUAAAAAGGCAUAAUGCUUUGCUUGUGCAUGUUAAUGUUUAGUUGUGGAUGAUUUUGUUUUUGUUCUUUUUAAAUGAUGGAGGAGCUUAAUUCUGUAUUUCAUUGGAUUGUGUUUUUGGGGUAUGCAGCCAAACUAUUUGUUGGAUAACCUAUCACAUCUAAUUUCUAGUUCAGAUUUGUAAUUCCAUGAAUUAUUUCCAUCAA